AUGGGUCUUCUUCCAUUUGAUGAUUGGAUUUACCAUCUUCCCUACAUGAGGGAGGAAGUAAACACCAAACAUGACCAAGUCGUCAAAACCCAAGAUACUGUGCAAGCAGAUGUCCUCGCCUUCAACAAACAACUCGACAAGUUCAAGCUUCUUCUCGUCAAUAAUUCCAUCUUGCUCUACAUCUCUACCACCACGCAGAUGGAUGACUUGAAACUUGCAGACUUCACCACCCAGAUCGAUGCCCUUCCUGCGCCAGUGAAAGGAGACACCAUCCUCAAUGGUGCGGAGGGGGGUACUGAGCUUAUCGGUGGUGCCACUGUUCUCAAAUUUGUUGUCAAUUUGGCCAAGCUUGCUAAGCAGGUUAUUGGCGGCGGUGCCGGCGAGGUAGCAGUGGAAGAAACUGAGAAACUUGUUAAUAACCUUGCUGAAGAUGCACUUGAUGCUGGCAUUACCAAUGUCGAAGAAGCAGCUGCGUCUGAGUCACUUGAGGAAGUUGGUCAGGCUGCUGGUGAAGAAGUCACCGAAGCGGUCGUCGAGUCCUCCACUUCCGCUGCCCUUGCAUCCACGGGCAUUGGUAUUUUUCUUGCUGUAGGACUCGAUGUCAUAUUCGGUGCUAUCAACGGUGCCAAGGAGCGUGAUCAACUCCAGGGUAUUCUGGAUCAGCUUGACGCAAAGAUGAAGAUUGUUAACAAGUAUCUCUCCACUGUCAACGACAAGAAGGGCGAGAUUGACACCAAGACUAUUGAUGGAAUCAGCACGUUUCAAAAAGUGGCCUCUGAAAUGGCAGUUCUUCUUCCCACCGGGCACAAACCCACCUUCAGAACCGAUUUCUCUGCUACUCUUGAUAAUCUAGACAAGUGUCUUGAUUAUCAGCAGCUUGCUCUCACUCAGUUCUCGCUUUUGACUCAGCUGCGGGAUACUUAUGUCAAGGCACUCAAGCGAAAUCCAAAUGUUGGAAAAGACGCGGUUAUCAACGCUGUUUUAAUCUCUGCCCCUGAUUGGGUGAAACCUGAUCUUCUGGAGGAAAUUUGGACAGAAGUCUUGGCGAAGUACUCGAACUUGAUUGCGAAUGCGAAAUGA